AGUGAAUCAAGCCUUUUCUUCUUGCGUGUUUUCCUCCAGAUUUAGUGUCAUGCUUCAAUCUUCAAGUCAUACAGGGUCUAAAACAUCGCAAAUGGAGUUGUUGCACCUGUCAGGCUAUCAGUCAUGGCGUGGCUCAGCUGCAAUGCCCACUGCAAGGCUUUCGAUUCCUCUACCUUCCCUCGUUAUGGCCAACAUUUGAUCACACGACUGUCGAGUGUCCUUGACUAAAAUCUAAUUCUUAUUGUUCUUCGCAGGCAUCGUUUCGACCCCUUGAAUCGUCGUUAUGGAGGAGCAACCGCCAGAUGAGGAAUACCCCAGUAUGCAGAAGCCUCCACCAGCUAUGAAGGAGCAGCCUGCGUCUAUGGAAAUACAACCACCAUCGUCUCUACGAAUGCUGAUCCAUCUCGCAUCCUUGAAACUUCUGUUGGAUAGAGUGACUGCUAAGCUUCUAGGCCGCCUUGCCUGGUGUCUCCAACUCCAUAUCUCCAACUUUACAACCCUCACUCUGAUGGCUGACAAUCCCGUAUACAUCUUGUAUAUGAUCGCCUACCAGCUUGGACCUCUCUUGAAAGUCGAAUGGCUAUCAGAGGCCAAUCGCAAGAACUCAAAAGAAUUCCAAAAAGCCUUCUCAGAAGCUAUCGACUUCAUCAAGACAAUCCUGUUUUGGUUCGCCAUAACCCUCAUCUUACAUCGUCAUUCGUCUCCAUUGGCUAUGGUGCCUUUGAACCAGCUCAUAGACAGAACGUUUGAGAAUGAUACGUUCUUUUGGGGACAUAUCGCUAUCUUCAAGCUAUUGCCCAUGACCGAGUUCGGUACCGAUUUUGUGCUGCAAUCCUUUUUCCUUGUCCAGCGAUAUUUCCACAUUGCGUCUCGUGCAACCACGCCCCUGGCUAGACUACUGUUCUUCGAGUUUCUGGAUUGGAUCUGGCCAAAACGAUUCGACAUCUGUCGUCUGAUUGGACGAAUUCUCUACAAGAAUUUUGAGCGUUACGUGCUAGGCCAACUGCUUAUGUACGUGUUGAAUAAUAUCUGGAUCCUUAUUCGAGGCAAGGUGUUCUACAAGAUGCAAUAUUGGGGUACUCCCAGCCUUUGGUACACUAUGCUCACAACCUUUCAAGUUGCUAAGGGUAGUUUGCGUUCUUCUCGCUAUCGGACGAGGCGGCAACCUGAAGUCACCAUACUCGAGCCUUUCGAGUGCUCACCUAUUCGAGAAAAAGACACUAUCCGUCUCCUGCUCAUUCAUCCACGACAUCCCAAAGGACCAAUAAUAUGCAGUCUAUUUCAGACUCCGCUAUCCUCUGUUCCCCGUUACGAGGCCAUCUCAUAUCGUUGGGGUGACAAAAGAGCAGACAAGAGUAUUUCCGUCAAUGGACGUAUCGUCAUGGUGACUCCAAACGCUCUUGAGGUCCUGAAGAACCGAAGUUCUUUCUGGCAACCCAAAUUAGUUUGGCUCGAUUCCGUGUGUAUCAAUCAAGAUGAUCAAAUCGAAAAGGCCCUACAGAUUGAGCUCAUGGAAGACAUAUAUCGCAAAGCAUACAUUGUUUCUGCUGCUCUUCUAGUAGAUCCAAAUGCGCUGGAUUUCAAGGAAGAGGUUCGCAAAGUUCUGGGUGACUGGGUAGGAGAUCGAUGGACCAACAGGGCCACGAGUCCAGGUGUAAUCGAAUACCAGAACGAGAUGAUCAAACAUCAUAUGGUGUCAGGUGCGGCAGAUCUUCUGGACGAUCUUCGCAUCUCCAAUGUCAGAAAUAAGUCGAAUCAUUUUGCCUGGGUUAAAAUAUAUGGCCCGCAACGAUUUUCCUGGCGUGUCAAGGCUUUUCGACAGCUUCUGACGAACCCUUGGUUUGAACGGAUGUGGGUCGUGCAAGAGGUAGCACUACCGCCUUCACUGCGAAUCUUAUAUGGAGAUCUUGAGAUCGAAUGGACUCAUCUGGUAGACGCCAUUACUAUCAUUGGCGAAAACCCAAUGCUAAGUGGCCCAUUGCUAGAACAGGGAGAUUCUGUGGGCGCUCGAGUAGCACCACCAGCUGCUUGCACGACAAUCGGACGGAUGGACCGAAUUCGGCAAUCUGUUCAAAAGAAUGAAGAUCGAUCGCUUGGAGAACUGCUUGUUACCUGUCGACAUUUCAUUGCCCAAGAGCCUAAGGAUAAGCUCUUCGCAAUUCGUGGUAUGUGCUCUCGUCUCCCAAAAGGACUACUUAAGCCAACCGAAAGCACCAACAAAACGUGGGAAGAGGUCUAUAUCAAUGCAGCCGAAUGCCUAGUAUCUUCGGGCGAUGCGGCCAAGAUGCUCGCUGCUUCUGGUUCCAUCCCCGAAAAUGAUCUACAAUCCACUACAUCGCUGCCAUCGUGGGUUCCAAACUGGGCCAUCAUACAAGAAGGAUCGCCGCUAUCUUUCUGUAACGAAAAGAUGAAUUAUAAAGCAGGAGGACCCGGUCCAGUGCAGGCCCGAGUCGAAAGGAAGAGUCUCUUCGUACACGGUAUUCUCUUCGACGACAUAAUGGAGCUCGGUCCCAUCUGGAACGUCUCGCCAUUUCUAGCCGGUGAAUGGAACGCCUCAGACCUCAUCCUAGAAAAACCAGCUCUGUUCAAAGAGUCCUACGACCUAGUCAUCUGGUCCCCUUGGACCAAAGAACCUUACUCCGGCGUACCAAACCAAAGCUUGCGAGAAGCCUUCUGGCGGACCAUGAUAGGGAAUCGCAGUUUGAAGGAAAACCCUGCUCCGACCACCCUGGUGAGGGAAUUCGAGAUGUACGAGCGGUUCUGGGCGGAUAUUGCGAGGGAGCCGGAGAGGGUUAGAGGGAAUGUGGUGAUGGACAGGAGGGAACAGGAGGAAUUUGUGCAGAUGUCGGCGUAUUCGCAUCCGUUGAUUAGGUGUUGGGGUGGGAGACGCGUUUGUGUUACUCGGAAAGGGUUUAUUGGGGUAGUGCCGCCGGUGUCGAGGGUCGGCGACCAGGUGGUGGUUUUUGGGGGGAUGCAGACUCCUACUGUGGUCAGGGGGAGGGGAGAGGGUGGGUGGGAGGUUGUGGGGGAGUGUUAUGUGCAUGGAGUUAUGGAGGGGCAAGUUUGGGGAAUGGGGAUGGGGUUGGAGGGGAGGGAGUUUGAGUUGGUGUGA